AUGAUUCCUCCCGAGCCACCCUCCGCUGCAGGCGAAUGGAGCGAGAAUCUAAAUAUGACCAUGGUCUGUAAGGACUGCAAGGAAUUUCCUCCCAAUCUGGUAGAGGAGUUCUCCUCUGGCGAUAUGGUUUGCGGUUCUUGUGGACUGGUCCUCGGUGAUCGUAUCGUUGACACUCGCUCUGAGUGGCGAACCUUUGCGAACGACGACCAGGGCAACGACGAUCCUUCUCGUGUCGGCGACGGCGCAAAUCCUCUCCUUAACGGAUCUCAACUCACCACGACUAUCGCUUUCCAAGAUGGCAAUGCGCGUAGCCGUGACCUUAUGAGAGCACAAAACAAAUCAUCCAAUGACAAGGCCACCAAAGGUCUUCUUGCGGCCUACAAGGAGAUCGGUGCCCACUGCGACGCUGUCAACAUCCCUAAGAACGUAUCCGAUACCGCUAAGCACCUCUUCAAGUUGGUUGAUGAUGCAAAGGCUUUUAAGGGCAAAUCUCAAGAAGCAAUCAUUGCUGGAUGUAUCUUCAUUGCCUGCCGCCAGUGCGGAGUCCCACGAACCUUCCGAGAGAUUUUCGCCCUGACAAAAGUCUCAAAGAAAGACAUUGGUCGAACGUUUAAGCUUCUCGAGAAGUUCUUCGCCAACGACAGUGAGGACAAGGCAAAGGCUGCUUCCAAUGGUCUGCUUCCAUCCACAGACGCAUACCAAACGACUAGCUCUACCAACGCUUCUGAACUCUGCGUUCGAUACUGUAGCCAGCUGGGACUUCAACGCCAGGCUUUUGUCAAGGUUUCCCAAGGUCUCGCUGAGAAGAUGUCUACCGUCGGUGAUCUCGCCGGUCGCUCCCCUCUCUCCGUUGCCGCUGCCUGCAUCUACAUGGCAUCCUACCUUCUUGGCAGACCGAAGACUCCGAAAGAAAUUUCUGCAGUCGCUGGUGUCAGUGAUGGCACGAUCCGUACUGCAUACAAGUAUUUGUACCAGGAGCGAGAAAGAUUGAUCGAGCCAGAGUGGAUUGCUAACGGCAAGGGAAACAUGUCAAAUUUGCCAUCGGCUUAG